UUAUUGUAGAAUUUCCAAAAUUGGCGAAGUGGUGGUUCGGGAAAGUAAAGAAGUGAGAAAAUGAAAAAGCUUGCAAGAAAGUUCCGCAAUUCAAUAGAUGAUGACAAAUUCGCUCUUCCUAUUCACGAUGACGAUGGCGCUCGCCCCCUCGACUCUCAAGAGCAAGAAGAGUUGGUUCGUUAUUUUGAAAGGAAUCAAGCUCAACAGAGUCGCUUAUGGAGGGCUGUAUUUGUGACUCUACUCUUCUGUUACAUCCUGUUUCUUUUGUACUCCAUCAUUCGCCAGGUUUCAUCUCCAUGGGAACUGCGGCAUCAUGCUUAUUUCACGGAGGAGAUCUACUCAUGGGUGAUUAUAUCUGCAGAUUGGGUGGCUAUUUUAGCAUGCUCGUUUGCCGUCAAAGGACUGCGUCAUGAGUCAAUGCAUCACAGGAGAUGGAUCUGGUACUCGUGGUAUACUAACAUUGUUCUGGCAAUUUUCUGGUUAAACUACAUGUCGAGGUUGCCGAAGUUCCGUUGGGAUGUUAUCUGGCUUCCAUUUGGUCCUCUCACUGCGUCUACAAUCUGUCUCUAUGUGGAUCACUUACUCAUUGAGUCAUCAGAAGAAGUAAGAAAGCUUCACGGAUACAUGUAUGCCUACAAAGCAAACUAGAAUUGAUGUUCUGACUGAGGUGAUUAGUUCAAGACUAAGCAUUUUGGAGCACCCUUAUCAACCACCAGCACGGAACAAAGAUGGCAUGACAUACUAGUGUAGAUUCAAUCUAAUGGAAAGGGCAUUGUUAUUGUGAAUUGUGAGGAGGUAGUAACAAUUUUGGGUCCUGUAUAUGGGAAUAAUUGGCAUUUUAGUCUUGAUUCUAAUUUUUACUUCGACUUUGAUUUAUUUGAAAAAUAUUAAACGGUUGCAUUAGUGUA